CUGUAGCUUAUAUCCAUGAUGUAUUCAAACAAGGAGCUUCAGUUUGUGGCGGCCUCUCCAUUAAUAGAGAGAACCUUCUACUCUGACAACGGUGAAUGGGACCUCAAGGAGGCGAGUGUCAAUGUAUCGAUUGUUUCUUCUGGCAAUAGCAGCUUUUCUCUGGUACAGUUACAGUUCACCAUAGAAAGAAAGCCCAUGUUUCUUCUGUUGAGUGUCUUUCUACCUGUUAUAUUUCUUUCCUUCCUAAACUUGCUCGUCUUUGUAAUUCCUGUUGAGUCUGGAAUGAAAAUCAAUUACGGCAUAACUGUUUUGCUUGCGUUAAGCACAUUUAUGAGUAUGGUCAGCACCAUGAUACCGAAGUCCUCUCUGGCCAUGGCCUACGUAGUCUUCUAUCUGUUUGCUGUCUUCAUACUCUCCAUGCUGACAGUCAUUGAAAGUAUCGGGAUUGUUUGUCUCUAUAACUUUCAUCCGAGGCAAACGGAUCUCAAAGACCGGCAAGAUGAGAAAGCAGUGCUAGAGAUGGACAGAGUCCGGUCUGUUUCAGAAUUAAUUAAUUCCUGCCAUUCUAAGGCAAUGUCAAAUGAUGAUGAGUUUCAGAAGAGUACCAGAGAUGGCUCCAAUGAGACACAAACAGUUAAAAGAGUUGAAAGUCAAACUUCAAGAAAUGUUUUGAGAUACAGACUUUAUGUUAUUGGACACCGUAUUGAUCUUGUCUCAUUAUGUGUCUUCACAAUUGUUUGGUUAUCAAUGACGUUUGCAGUUUUCUCAAGGAUCUCUUAUUUAUAAUUCUACAUUUCUUUAAAUAUUUUUUUUUGACAAAUGUAGAUACUCUCUAGAUUUAUAUAAUUCAUAAUAAUUCUUGGCCUAUUGGGUCUGUCGGAACUUUUAUCACUGACAAGACGGGCAAAGGGGAGCAACUAGUGCCUCAACCAAUAAACAUAAAGUGGAGGGGGCUCGUUAGCCUUGGCUGGCUGCCCUCUAGGAGAAUGAUAACUCCGAAUUCAGACCUCUGCUGAUAUGCGGCUUUACCCAAAUAUUGGAGAGGCUUUGUGAGUCCACCCCGAGAAAAAAUCAGACGCCGUUUACCUUUAUAGCACACAGUUCUACAUUCAGGUAGAACAUGCGACUCUGCUGAUCCCAAACUAUAUCGGGUACUGGUGGCAUCGUUCUGACCAUAGCCAAUGUCCAGGUUUGUUUCUAAUUUCUGUGAGAUGAAACCGCAAUUGCUCCGCGAAGUGUAAAAGAGAGGUAGAAAGUAUUAGCUAGUCCGUAUGGCCAGACCCUGCGCUACCACCAGGAUAUAAAAACGAAAUAUUUGAGUUGUAUUAGUGGUUUUGUGUUCACACAUACAGACUCCUGCUAGUCUCUCUAUAGUUUUAGCAAUUCCUUUUUUUUUAAACAUUUUUAAAAGAGGUUUCAAUUUUGCAUUUUAAAAACGUAAACAGUUCUAAAACUGUUAUAUUAAAAAAAAGU